UGGACUGGGCAUCAGGCCUUCUGCUGGCUCUGCAAAGGCCGCCUCUGGGCGAGCCCGGGACCCGCUCCCUCGCUGCUGUCGCUGGUGUUCUCGACCCCGACCCCGGCGUUUGCAGAACGGCUGCCCGGCCUGUUUCCGGGGUGUAAACAGCUGGUGCCUGCCCGUGAAGCCAGCCUCCCGUCACAGCUGCCAGAAGCCCAGCCUCGGCCACACAGGGACACCAGCCUCGACCAGCCCACCUUCUCAAGGCCCCCAAGUCUCCCCGGGCUCCUAGCCGCUGCUGUCAGCAUGGCCCAGGCGUCUGCAGACAUCGAUGAGACAGACCUUGAGCAGAGGAUCCUGCAGACGUUGAAGGGCGCUGACACCCCUUUGAAGGCUGCCCAGCUGGCAAAGGAAUGCCAAGUGCCCAGGAAGGACAUCAACCGUGUUCUCUACCGGAUGAAAGAGAAGUUGAAAGUGGAUCGCGAUGACUCUGCGAAAUGGCGCUUGAGAGAGGGUGGGCCUGGAGAAAUGGUUCCCACAGAGCCGGCCCAGCCCAGCCAUGAGCUGCAGGGACAGAUCUUACGGUUGCUGGAAGCCAGCGGGCCCCAGGGGGCCGUGAGCAUCGCCCAGUCCCUGGGGAUGAAGACGUCAAAGGAUGUCAACCGAUACCUGUAUGCCAUGCAGGAAAAGCACCUUCUGGACUUGGACAAGAAUUCAAAAACAUGGGCAAUUUAUCAACCAGGGACUCCCAGGGCCCCCCCCAUCAUUUACCAGCAAAGCCCUGUCAUGAUCUGUCAGAACGGACCCUACAGCCACAUCUCCAUCCAGAACUCCGAAGCCGUCCAGAUUGGACACGGGAACAAGAUUGUGAAACUAAUGGCCCCUGCGGAGAGCGGCUCCACGGCUCCCUGCUACCUCCCUCCACCACCAGCAGCGGGUCCCUUGGGUCAGGAUCCCCCGGCUGGAUCCUGGGGGCCGCAGGACAUCCGCAUAGACAGUUCUGUGCUCAAAUGCGUGCAGCUGGGACACAGGAACGAGAUGAACGUGCACAGCACCCCGGCCACGGGCCCUGGCCACAGCCCCCCAGUCUCUGCCGCCACUGCUGGCCCAGAAGAAAUCCUUAUGCCCGCACCAGGACCUCACCCCGAGGGGGAGGGGGACGCGGCCCAGAGAGUCCCCAUCAAGCCCUGCUUCUUGGAGGAGGACGCCAUCGGCAACAGCAACAGCCUGAGUGUCUGCCGAGCAGGGGCAGGGGCAGGGCCAGAGGCCAGCCGCGGCGACCCAGGGGAGCCGGCCGAGGACGCGGCGCCCGGGUCCAGAGCUGCAGAGCCCAAAGGCAAGUUCCCAGAUGGCGCUGGUCCUGCUGACCCCGACCUGUCCACGUUCACCUCCUACCUGGAAGCCAUGACCCUUGCAGACCGGGAUUCAGAGGCCCCAGAGGACAGCCCCUGAGUGGACUGGCCCCAGCACAGGGUCCGGGGGGAGGUGGGGUCAGAACCAACAGCCGAAGGCGGACAAGGCCGGGAGGGAGCCAGCGGCGCCACGAACCCCGAACUGUACAGCUGUGUCCCAUAAAUGUCACUGUUGACCUUCUCGCCUCCUGCCCGAGGCCAGCAUGAGUGAGCACGGGGGCUGGGUCAAGGCUGGGUCUGUGGUGCGACCCCCAGGACCCUCGGGUACAGAGCAGUGGGCUGAUGGGAGGGGUGCUCCGGCAGCCGCAGGGCCCAGGCCGCACCCCCCGCAGCCUG